AUGUUCUCCCUUAUCUCUUGCCUCAUCGCGCUUGUUUAUGUGUUCACUGUAGAUGCUCAGCUAUAUCGAUAUGGUAAUGGCCAUAAUCACCGCAACUACAACUCUCUAAACUAUUCCAACAACCAACAUCGUAACAACUAUUAUCAAGGCUACCGUAACCCUUACCAGCGACAAGCCUACCAGGGGUACGGUAAUGGUUACAACAACUACUACCAAAACACCUACGCUCAAGCCCAGCCCUACUACGGUGGAGAUCGCUACAUUGGAAAUGGAAUCCACGUGGAUUCUCACGGAAAUGGAUAUAUUGGAGCCAGAGACACCGGGCUCUACAUCUUCUGUAGCAGUCGAGGAUGCGUGGGAAGAGGUUAA